AUGUGCCAACACACCCACAAUUACGAUGAGCAGCCAGUACCUGUUACGGGCGACCAACCGCAGUUCCCCUGGCAUCUGCCCAUAUGCGAUGCGCAUUGUCACCCAACUGAUACGAUGGAUUCCACCCAGGAUAUCCCUUCCAUGCGUGCAGCUGCAUUGACCAUCAUGGCAACACGAGCCCAGGAUCAGGAUCUUGUUGCAGAUGUUGCUAGCAACUAUAACAAGGACCUCAAGCAAAUCUUGCAGGAAAGCUCCGGAGAACGCAAUACUUGUGUAGUCCCUUCCUUUGGCUGGCACCCCUGGUUUUCUCAUCUUCUCUAUGAUGAUUCGGUCGACAACCCGACAUAUCAGUCCGUACCCGGCUCCGGCUCCGAGUCCGACGCCGCUGCCGCAAAGCAGGCCCACUAUAACGCCGUCCUGCAACCGGAGCCGUCACCAGAUUUUGUUGCCUCUCUCCCCACUCCGGUCGCCGUGGGUACCUUUCUCAAAGAGACAGAGGCCCGGUUAUCUGCCAAUCCUCAUGCUUUGGUUGGAGAGAUCGGUGUAGAUAAAGCCUUUCGUCUCCCCGAAGCAUGGAAUCCCUCUGAACAUGCAGAAAGAGAUUCAACUCUCACAGCUGGCGGCCGCGAGGGUCGACGUCUGAGUCCCCAUAGAGUAAGAAUAGAGCACCAGCGCGAGAUUCUCGCUGCACAGCUCCGCCUCGCCGCCAAGACUCGCCGAGCUGUCAGUGUACACGGUGUACAGGCUCACGGAGUGCUGCAUGACACUCUUGCCGCGACCUGGAAGGGCCAUGAGCGUGAGUACAUUUCACGCCGAAAACGACGUCUUGUCGCCAAGGGCGCCGAGGACUUUUCGGAUGAGGAAGACGACGAUAGUGAGAAACCAUAUCCUCCGAGGAUAUGUCUUCAUUCAUUCAGUGCCAACGUUGAAGUGUUGAAGCAGUACCUCAACCCAACAAUCCCAGCUCGCAUCUUCGUCUCGCUAUCAACGGCUGUCAAUCUUAGCACAGAUUCCAGUGGCGCCAAGACUGAUGAGGUACUGCGUGCCCUGCCUGAUGACAGCAUUCUCGUAGAAAGUGACCUCCACAUAGCGGGCGAACACAUGGACCAAGCGUUGGAGAACAUGUACCGACAUGUAUGCGAAGUCAAGGGUUGGGAGUUAGAGGAAGGCAUCACGAGGAUAGCAAAAAACUACGAGGAAUUCAUUCUUGGGUGA